CGUUUACCUCACAAGCAACAUGGCUGCACCCGCUGGAUUGCCGGACAUGUCCAACGCCAUUAUGGCGCAAGACGAAAUGGGAAGACCUUUCAUUAUUGUCAGAGAUCAAGGCAAAAAGCAGAGAAAGCAUGGGCUUGAAGCUACAAAAUCGCAUAUUUUAGCUGCCAGAUCUGUAGCCUCCAUUGUGAAAACUUCGCUUGGGCCCCGUGGAUUGGACAAGAUCUUAAUUUCGCAAGAUGGAGAUAUCACCAUCACCAACGAUGGAGCCACUAUCUUGUCGCAAAUGGAUUUGGACAAUGAGAUUGCUAAGCUUCUUGUAGAAUUGCUGAAGUCACAAGAUGACGAAAUUGGUGAUGGGACCACUGGUGUUGUCGUUUUGGCUGGUGCUCUUUUGGACCAAGCGCUUGAGUUGAUCGAGAAGGGUAUCCAUCCCAUAAAAGUGGCUAAUGGCUUUGACGAAGCUUGUAAGAUUGCUGUUCAACAGUUGGACGAUGUUGCAGACGACAUAAACAUCAGCACCGAAUCGUCAGACUCCAACCUUUUGAAAGCAGCCAAGACAUCCUUAGGCUCCAAAAUCGUUUCUAAGUCCCAUGAUCAUUUUGCCCAGAUGGCUGUAGACGCUGUUUUGGCAGUGGCUGACUUCGAAAGAAAAGAUGUUGAUUUCGAAUUGAUCAAGAUUGAGAAGAAGGUUGGUGGUUCCAUUGAGGACUCGAGUUUGAUCCGUGGAGUUUUACUCGACAAGGACUUCUCCCAUCCCCAAAUGCCUAAACACGUAGAAGACUGUAGAAUUGCCAUUUUGACAUGUCCAUUUGAACCUCCUAAGCCUAAGACCAAGCACAAGUUGGACAUUUCCACUGUUGAAGAGUUCAAGGUGUUGCAAGAAUACGAGCAAAAGAAAUUCCAGGAGAUGAUCGACCAGGUCAAGGAAUCUGGUGCCAAUGUUGUCGCAUGUCAGUGGGGUUUCGACGAUGAAGCUAACCACUUGCUUUUAGCCAAUGGACUCAAUGCCAUCAGAUGGAUCGGAGGUUCAGAGUUGGAGUUGUUAGCCAUCGCUACCAAUGGCCGUAUUGUGCCCAGAUUCGAAGAUUUGACAGCAGAAAAGCUCGGUAGGGCUGGAACCAUCAAGGAAUUGGAAUUUGGUACAACCAGAGACCGCAUGUUGGUGAUUGAAGAUUGUUCCAAUACAAAAGCUGUAACCUGUUUCAUCAGAGGCUCCAACGAGAUGAUAGCGGCUGAAGGAGUGAGAGCCUUGCACGACUCUAUCUGUGUGGUGCGUAAUUUGGUCAGAGACAGCCGUGUCGUCUACGGUGGUGGUGCUUCGGAGUUGACCUGUUCGAUAGCUGUGUCUGAAGCUGCUGACAAGCAAAAAGGUAUAGAUCAAUAUGCAUUCAGAGCAUUCGCCGCUGCCUUGGAUACUAUUCCUAUGACAUUGGCUGAGAAUUCAGGCUUGGACCCUAUUGAAACGUUGUCAAGCUUGAAGGCUAAACAGGCUAUCGAGAAGUCCAGUUAUUUGGGUGUCGACUGUCUCGGAAAGGGCACUAACGAUAUGAAGGAGUUGUUUGUCGUUGAUCCUUUGAUCGGCAAGAAACAGCAAUUGUUGUUGGCCACGCAGUUGACGAGAAUGAUCUUGAAGAUCAAUGAUGUUAUCAUCAGCGGCAAGGAUGAGUACUGAUAGAAUAAUUGUAGUUCAUAGUUCAUGUAUUUAAUAUACUAUACACUGA